AGUGCCACGCGUGGUCACACGGUGUCCACCUCGGAUUCGCCCCUGUUCCUGUUUGCACGUGUCCCGUAAGGCGCGGUCGGCUCUCCGGAGCCCCAGGGCUUUUAGAAGCGGGGCAGGCCACUGCUCUUUGAGAGGAGGAGGGAGGCAGAGGGCUGAUGGAUCAUUGAAUUUUCAGCUGACACUACGCCUUGAGACCUAUGGGAUCAUUCUGUGCUGCAGCGAGGCACUGCCUGCCUCACCAGGUGUGGUGAGCCCAUCCUAUUUCACUCGGAGGGGGCCGAAAUCGGAUCUGAAUGGGAGUCCCGAGGACACAGCAGGCGUCCUCAAGCUCCCGCUCCCUCGGUGGAAGUCGGCUCAAGGAGGUCCUGGGGACGGUACUCCUGGGGGUUUGGCCCUGGGACAGGACACCCGCGGCCCCCUCUCCCACGCCGCCCCAAACUGGACCCCGGAUCCAGCCGCCGCCGCAGCUGCAGCAGGAGCCUCGCUGCUGCCGCCGCCGCGCAGCGGUGGCCUAAUUUAAAGGGGACGCAGCCUGACUGCCAGGAGCGGAGCGCGAGUCGGCCCAGCCAGUGCGCAUGCGCGAGGCGCGAGCGGCUUCUCCCGUCACAGUGCUUCCCACGGUUGUCUUAGAAACCAGUCCCUGAGGCUUGGCAAAGCAGGAGCCCUCCGUGGCAGUGCUUGGGUGUCGGGGCUCUGAGGCUCCGGCCUGACCUCUCCACGGGGUCGACGGGAACGUCUCCGGAUGGCAGGAGUCGCAAAGGGCCGACCAGGAUGAGGAAACCCCGGGCGGAGUCCGCGGGAAGCAGCACGGCAUCCCAGCCUCAGGCCUGCCCUGACGGUGUUGGGAGCGCAAUGAAUAGAAGACACUUCUCUGCACCCCAAAAGCUCCAUGCUGAUUGCGAGAAGGAAAUGCUGGAUGGAGGGGUUCCUGGAACUACUGUGAGGGAAAUGGUGAGAGAACUUUGGAUGUGGAAUGUGGAGUAGGAGGAACACGAAGUGAGGUUCUGCACUUGGGGUGGUCAGCACUGCGGAUGCCCAGCAAAGGCACGGCCUGGUCCACAUCCCGGAGGGGUUUCUGCACCCUAGUCGGCAUCGCAGCUGAUGGUGAAACUUUUGGUGUGGCAGAAGAGUGUCCACAAACUUCGGAAGGUAUCCGCUGCAUCCUCCAUAGCCGUGUAUCCCUGCCGAGGGCGAUCAUCUCGGGGAGCGGAAAGUCCUGCUCAUGGGCCAGGGCUGGCUGGCUGGAGCCACUUGCGCGGCGCAGCCCUGGCAGAGGUUCAGGCGGCCCAGGUGUCGCAAGCGGCUGUGAGUGAUGCCUUCUUGGGGCCGUAGGGGUCCCAGGAAGGCUGCAGACCAGGGCUGACGAGCGGGAAGCAUGGUGGCCGCGAUGGAAGGUGACAGGGUUAGCAGCGCCAGGGUCCCAGCAGAGCCCGAGCCCGGGCAUCCCGCAUCUCCAGCAGCACCACGGGUAGGCCUGGCGCUGGUGACGUGGCGGCCGGUGCACAAGGCCCACGACCCAGUCCCAGAGGCCAGCCCAUCGUCAGAUAACUUCAGGAACCCCGGGCCAGCUGAGGCCCCAGGCCCCACAGGCAAGACAAAGGGCAGAGGCUCCGCAGGCGGGACCGAGAGCCGGCAGCGAAGGCCUGGCUCCACCGCCGCGGAGCUCGCAGGGCGCAGCAGGCACCGGGCAGCGACCAGGGCUUCCAGAGGAGGUUGUGCACCCCCGCAAAGGCUCCUGCCCGGCGUCCAGCCUAUCCGCGGGGACUCCACGUGCACCUCCUCCUCAUUGUCCUUGUCUAGGGCCGCGGCAAGGUCCUCGCUCCCAUGGCGCGACUCCGGGGGCGCAGGAGCCUGGGCUGAACAGGUGGAGUAGGGUGAGCACCGCCAAGAACCCAGCGAGAGUGGCGCCCCAGGGCGGCACAAGAGGCCGCAUUUAACGUGGCAAUCAUCUCAAAGAUUUUAUGGCAUCUUUUUUUUGACAUCUUAUAAUGUCGAUAAUGUCUAUUAUAUCUUGUGAUAUAAUUAUUAACACCACUUCAUUGUGAUUAUUAUGAUUAUUUUUAUACCAACACAUCUUCAAUUAUUAACAUUCCCAGUUGCUAGAGAAAAAUGAAAACGACUAGUUUUGAAAGCCUUACGUCUGCCAAUGGAAGCACAUUCCAGCAUGUGGCCAAUGCAAUCCACUUUCCACCACUUUCACAAGAAACGUUACUGCACAAUUAUACUAUCCUACCCUUAUAUACUUUGUGUGUGUGUACUUGUGUGUAUGUAUGUUAUAUAUGUUUUAUAUAUAUAUAUAUAUAUAAAGUAUGCCAGAGAUGAACAAGUAUUAGAAAAUUAAAUGCACACAGGUCAUGUCAGUGCUAUGUAUAAUGUGGUGUACUAAGUAUAGAUGUUCAACAGUGUGGAAU